GCCACGCGUGUGAUCACACCCUUGAUGUCAACCACCCACGAACUCAAACGGCUUUUUGGGCUGAGUCCUCAAUCAGAAACUCUAUCCGAAUUCUUAAAAUCAAUCUCGCCAUCCUCUGGAUUACGAGUGCCAGAGGUCAAGUCAUAUCCAGAUGCGGUCUACUUCAACUAUCAUCAGCUUGGUCUCAGUCUGCUUUUCAAACCUGUUCAAGGAUAUAAGCCCAAGAUGGGGCUAUCGCGUAAUGAUCUGGAAGAAGGAAAACUCACUGUUGAUGGAAUUGACCUGUACAACACUCCCUCCCAACAGUCUUCUGGAGAAAAGUCGCGUAAGAAAGCAACGUUUACGUUUUCUACGUAUCCAAUAUCGCCGAUAAUACUGAAGUUGGAGGCGGAAAUCAAGGAUAGAGAUGGAAAGGUUAUUCCUCGACCCGAACAGUUCGUCGUACAACGCGAGACGCAAGGGAAAGCCUUUGUGGAGUAUCUGGGAGAGCCUGACCGCAAGGGUGGCGGCUCUGGACCUUCCAGCGGAUCGAUCGGAAUAUGGUGCGAAUGGUUGAAGGAUGGAAUACUCGUAGAAUUCGGAGGAGCUGAAGCUCGAGGGCCUCAAGCAUGGGAAACAGGAAAAGACGCUGUUUGGAAAGUGAUAACAUUGUUCGUUGCAUGAGAAGGAUUUAUUUGGAGGAAGGUCAACGUUGGACACACAUGGUCUGCUACAUUUAUGACGGUACCACAGACAAACGAUCGCCCUUCCAUUUGGCUGUGUGGCGUUGGGUAGGUUUGAAUCUGAAGUUCAGAAGUGAGCCCCCCGUGGGGAGAUGGACACCCUGGCGUUAGGUCGAUAGGUCUGAACCCAUUAGUAGAUAAUGUUAAGCUAUAUUUUACACCUUGAGUACUCUCAAUUAUGUGUAACGCACAGAAUAUCAUGUAAGUGACCAAUUUUUUCAUUGUCGUACAAGCGUCAGAUUUUAUUCCCAUAUUCUUCUCCACAGACAUACGCCAUAAGCCUUUUAUUCGACUUCCGACGUGAUGAAAAUGC